AUGUGGACCAUGUUCCGGCUCCUUACGACUUGCUUGGGAGCGGCCUCUGCACAGCAGGUGGGCACCCACGUGGACGAGUUCCAUCCAGAGAUGGCGCUGUGGACGUGCAACAGCGCUGGCUGCGACAAGGAGAUGAAGUCUGUGGUGUUGGACGCCAAUUGGCGGUGGAUCCACAAUGGCCAGUACACCAACUGCUACAAGGACGGGGAUUGGGAUGCCACGUUGUGCCCUGAUCCAGCGAGCUGUGCUGCAAAUUGCCAUGUGGAGGGCAACUCAGAGGAACAAUACAAGAAGACAUACGGCAUCAAUACCAUCGACGAUGGGCUCAGGUUGGACUUUGUGAGCACCACCAAGUAUGGCUCGAACUUUGGUUCCCGCGUCUACAUGUUGGAGAGCCCCAACAUGUACAAAGUCUUCAAGCUGAAGAACCGAGAGUUUACUCUGACAGUGGACAUGUUCUACAUGCCCUGCGGCCUGAACGGCGCCGUGUACUUUGUGGAGAUGGAUGCGGAUGGCGGCAUGAAGAAUGCAGAGCUUUCUGGUGGCAACAACAAGGCAGGACUGUGGUGGCAUGACAAUGACAAGGAGGAGCGCUACGACGGGGUUUGUGACAAGGAUGGCUGCGACUUCAAUUCUUGGCGUCUUGGGGUGAAAGACUUCUAUGGCCGAGGUCGCGACUAUGAGCUGAACAGCAGGAAGAAGAUGACGGUAGUGACCCAGUUCAUUACUGAGGGCAAUAGGGAUGAUGGGGACCUCAUUGACAUCCGGCGCUUCUAUGUGCAGGAUGGGAAGGUCAUCCCCAACUCCAACGUGUCCUUGGCGGGCGUGGCAGGCAACUCGGUCACCGACAAGGUCUGCGCCGACAUGAAGUCCGCCUUCGGCGACAUUGAUGACUUCACUCGGAAGGGUGGCCUGAAGGCUAUGGGCGAAGCUUUGGACCGCGGCAUGGUUCUUGUGAUGUCCCUCUGGGAUGAUGCGGAGGCCAACAUGUUGUGGCUGGAUUCUAGCUAUCCCUUGGACAAAGACCCCUCAAUCCCGGGCGUGAAUCGUGGUCCAUGCUCAACGGACACGGGCAAGCCCGAGUACCUCCGGGAGAAGUAUGCGGACGCCAGGGUCAAGUACAGCAAGAUCAAGAUCGGGACAAUCGGUUCGACCUUCUCUGGUCAAGAUGAGGACGACGUUGAUGAUGGCAUUUGGGAUGCCGACCGCUUCAGCUCCAGCGCAGGUGAGAGCAACUGCUCCACGCCGCUUCCACAAAGCGAUGGAGGCUAUGCCUCCUUCAAGGCGCGUUUCCUGAAGGAGUACCAGCAGCAGCAGCGCAUGCAGAGCAUGGCAGUGAGUCGGCGCCAGCGGAAAGUGGCGGAGACGCUGCAGGAUUCUCGGGACCUCUUUCUUUACCCCGACUCGCGGCUCGCUGCAGCCGCAGCUGCGGAAGCAGAGGAGCUUGCCCGGCUUUUCCGCACCCCAAAAGAGCAGAGAGCCAGCUGCUCCAGCCUAGCACAGCCGCGGGCACUACCAGAAGCGGAGCUUCCUCAGGAACCCCAGAGCAUCCCUCGCUCCUGGGCAGAGCAGCAGGCGUAUCUGCGUGAGCUGGCGGAGCCAAGGCAGCCCGAGCUGGAGCUUCUGCCGGAGCGGAGGUGUGACCGAAGCUUGGCGGAGCAGCAGCGGCGCUGCGCCGAGCUGGCGCAGCCCCGAAUUCAACGAGGCACCGACGACGUGGCGGCAUGGCGGGAUGAGCUGGCAUUCAAGGCUGCUGCUUUGGUGCCCGAAGAAGUGCAGGCGGCCCGGGAUCUCCUGGAGAAGAUGCGCUGCCGCCCGCGCUCGGCGAAGAAGGUCCGCGAGGCCAAAGCGCCCGCCCCGGAGGUGGAGGAGCAGCUGAAGGAGCUGAAGGCGGCGGUGGAGGAAAUCCUCUGGGUGGCCUUGCUGCAGGUGCGCAGUUGCCCAAAGCCGCAGACCGCCGCAGCCGCAGGCUCUGUGGAGGAGCGCCUGGGAGCACUGCUCAUCUCCUCAGUGGGCCCGGCACUGCGCCCGGUGGCCCGGCGGCUGCUGGGCCCAGGGCAAGGCUUGGCGCGGCGCCUGCGCACGGAGUUCCCCAAGCUGGCGCGGCACCUCUGCUUCCGCGAGGCGGAGGACCUGGAGCCGCCGCAGAGCUCCUGGCAAGAGGAGGAAGUCUCCCUGCACUUGGCCAAAGCCCGGGAAUGCCGCGACUCGCUGUUGGCCAUGGAUCUCAUCAAGGAUGCCGUAGCCCGGCUCGGAGACUUGGAGCCGAGAGCCUGA